UGUUCCAGAGUCUUAUCUUAACGUACGAGAGAAAGAGACAUCUCUGAACCCGAAUCUCUUUAUCGUAGUUGCACAUUUGAGGGAGAGGGUGAGCGAAAUGCGAGAUAAGAGAGAGGAAGGUUAAAGAAUUAUCAACUCUCUGCAAUUUUCCAGUUUGAAAGAUUGUUGUCCGAGUUCUGGAUCCGAUUGGACCGGUAUUCCCACAAAAAAUGGAAGCGCAGGGUACUUCAGAGUGGUGGAGUGAGGAGACAGUGGCGGUGGUGACGGGAGGGAACCGAGGGAUCGGGCUGGAAGUCUGCCGGCAGCUCGCAGAAAAGGGGCUUACCGUCAUCAUGACUGCUCGUAGGCCACAAGAGGAACUUUCAGCCUCUGCUCAACAGUUCCUGCAGGAGGCGGCACAAUUGGGGAGGAAGAAGGUCAUCUUCCACACUCUCGAUAUUACUCAACGGCAGAGUGUGAUGAAUUUCGUCGACUGGUUGAAGCUACAUGUUGGAUUUAUCGACAUUCUGGUAAACAACGCUGCUGUUCUAAAUGCUGAUUGGAAGUUCUUGGAACAGAACAAUGUAGACAUGAGAACCUUUCUGGAUUAUACACAGGUACAUCCUCCAUGCUUAAACAGGAUACUGGAGAAGCAGGAGUCGGCAAAGGACUGCAUAGAGACCAACUUCUACGGAACCAAGAGGGUGACCAAGGCGUUGCUCCCUCUCCUGCGCCCCUCUUCUUACAAGCCCAGGAUUGUCAACGUCUCAUCCGUCUACGGACUACUUCUUCAGUUUCUCAGGGAUGAUGAGUUGAGGAAGCAAUUGAGCGAUACAGAGGGGUUGACGGAGCAAAAGAUUGAUGAGGUGUUAGACACGUUCCUUGAAGAUCUGAAAUCCAAACAGGCCAUGGAGAAGUGGCCCCUCAAGGUUCCUUCUUACACCGUCUCCAAGAUUGCGUUGAACGCAUACACGAGGCUUUUGGCCCUUGAAUUGGGCGACAAAGCUUGUGUCAAUAGUGCCACCCCUGGCUAUGUGAUGACUGACAUGACCUUCGGCACCGGCGAUCUCUCUCCGGCUGAAGGGGCCGCGAAUUUGGUGUGUGUUGCUCUCCUCCCCGCCGGUGGCCUUUCUGGCCACAACUUCCUUGAAGGUAAGGAUGCCAAGUUCUGAUGAUCACCAAAAAGUUCUGGAAUUCAAAAGCAAAUGUGUAAUGAUUUUGUUUUUUUGUUUUUCUUUUUUCGCCCUCAACUUAAUCUAUCUUGGUUUACCUUUCUUGUUUGGAUAUUUGCUGAAAUUUGAGGCAAUGGCAAUCUUAAGUUCAAGUUUGGAUUGUCUGCCAGGUUAUGAUGGACAUAUAAAUUUAAAAUGAAUCUGUAUUUGGUUAGUA